GAAACAUUGAGUCAGAUUAUAUAAUGAAUUUGCAGUUGCAAAACGACCCUUUUGUGAAGAUUUUCUGCACUUCUGCUUCGAGAGGUUUGACGUGGGCAUCUGGACAUCUAGAGCCAAGUACGUAUCUAUAAUUAAGAACAUUAUGUUAUGACAUACUCUGGGUUUGCGUGAAAUUAAUACUACGUACCGAGUAUGAGAAAAGGCAUGUGUUUUAAGAGGAGAAAAUACAGUAUUCUAUCUUAAAAUUUUACAGUGUUUUUAAUGCUAGCAAAUUUCCCAAAGGCCUAAUCUACGGAUCACAAAUUCACAUCUAUGUGUGUCCCAAAAAUGUACAGGGCAGAUUAUCUUGACCAAAUUGUUGAUUAUUUAUUAGGAGAUAUGAAGAAAAAGUUGUUGUUUGUUUGGGAUAGGUCCCAUUGUUCCAGAACAGGAUUUAUGACUCCUGAGAACAGGUACAAACCCUUACUCUGUAAGGAUUUGAAGAAGGUAUGGGAGAAUGAUUGGCCCAACCAACCUUCGGUGGUGAAAGGUUACUACAAUCAGAGGCGGCCUUAGGGGGAGUUGGGCCAGGCAAGUGCCUUGGGCCUCACAUUCCAAGAGGGCCUCAAAAAAAAAAAAAUUACCUAUUAGUAUUGCCUAUUAAUCCCCAAUUAUAUGUAUAAUAAUAAUAGAAAUAAUAAAUUAGUUAUCUGGAUUCUGAAAUCUCCAUCUGGGCCGUGGAUGUGGAGCGGUGGAGUCUAAUUUACGCAUACGGCUACAGGCCCCCAACUCUGAAAUCUCCAAGUAUCUGCCCUUCCGCCAAACUUCCGAAUUCCGAUUUGUCGGCAACUUGAAGAAAUCACCUGUUCUGAACUGCUGGCCUGCUGCUGCUCGAGUGCUGGGUCUGCUAGUCGCUGCCUUGCCGACUCCGUGAGUAAGGUAAGUUUGCUCAAAUUGCUCUCUUAUUUCUAUAAUUUCUAUCCUUAGUAAUGAAAUACAUGUGUUAUAAUCUGAAAUUUCUAAAGCAUAAAGCCAUAAAGGAACUUGGGCUGUAAAGGGGCCAACCCACCGACCUAAAGUAAAUUAAGUAAUACGUAGUAAAUGCUAAGAUAAAGUGGCAGACAAGUAGUCUAUUUGAUAGUAAAGUAGUUAUUUUAUUUAAUUUGUCAUUGUAUUUAGAAGAAUAAAAGUUUUACGUUUUUUGUUAAUUAAUUUGUGAUUUUUGUUACUUUGUAUUAUCUAUGAAUAUUAUCUUUAGGAGCGUCUUUAGUAUGACGGGUAAGCGGAAAUUUGAAUCGGGGUCUACAAAAAGAAAGAAUAGGUUGCGGAAAGAUUUGGUUAUACAGUCGUUUGCCGGCUCUAUGGAUCGAUUUGUAAAGACAAAUCCUUCUUCCUCAAAUAUUGUUGACAAUGACAAUACAAUCCCUGUCUCUGAGAAUGAGAAUAAUAGUGCAAAUAUUGGAGAGGAGAAUGAGAAUGUUAAUGCUCAUAGGGACAGUGUAAUUGUUGAUGAGGAAGAGAUUGUAGGUGAAGUCACUAUGCCCGAGAUAUUAGAUGAUUUCUUUGACCCGGGAAAUUGGAAAGCACCCAUAUCUCAAAGCCAAAUAGAUUUGUUGGUAGAGAGAGGUCCUAUAAGAAUAAGUGGUCUUCAAUAUCCCGUUGAUAGGAAAAGGAGUUUCAAUGACAAACUCUAUACUCGAUGCUUGGGAAAUGGGGAGAGAUAUGAUAGACCAUGGUUGGUUUACUCUUUGAUAAAAGAUAAAGUCUUUUGCUUUUGUUGUGUUUUAUUCAAAAAAAGUGUGCUGCUAAACCCUCUAACAAGUGUGGGUCAAGGCUAUAGUGAUUGGCACAACAUACAUUGUAGACUUGUAGAGCAUGAAAAGAGCUUUGAUCAUAUCCUUAGCAUGGAAGCAUGGAGGGAAGCGGAAAUGAGGUUAAAAAAAAAGGUAACAAUUGAUGCUUCCCGAGAAAUAGCUAUCAAUAAAGAGAAGGAGUAUUGGAGAGCUGUUUUAAAGAGGAUUAUGAUUGUUGUCAAGACUCUUGCUACUUGCAACAUAGCUUUCCGUGGCCAUAAGGAGAAGCUUUCUGAUGAAAAUAAUGGAAAUUUCUUGAGCAUUAUUAACAUGAUUGCAGAGUUUGAUCCUAUAAUGGAAGAGCAUCUCAGGAGAAUACGGAAGAAAGAGAUCCGAAAUCAUUAUCUUGGUCAUAAUAUACAAAAUGAGAUGAUACAACUUUUGUCAAAUGAAGUAAAAAAAAAAAUCCUUCAAGUUGUUCGUAGUGCAAAGUACUUCUCUGUUAUUCUUGAUUGCACACCGGAUGUUAGUCAUGAUGAGCAAAUGACACUUGUGAUUCGAUGUAUAGAUGUGUCUACAAGCCCUAUAAGAGUUGAGGAGUUUUUCAUCACAUUUGUUAAAGUCAUUGAGACAACAGGUGAAGCCCUAUUUGACGAACUUAAAAAAUUGCUUGACACUCAUGAACUUGACUUUAAUAAUGUAAGGGGACAAGGUUAUGACAAUGGCUCAAACAUGAAGGGAGAUAACAAAGGGGUACAAGCUAGGGUGUUACGAGAAUAUCCUAGAGCAUUUUAUACUCCUUGUGGUUGCCAUUCUUUAAACCUCGCCCUUUGUGAUAUGGCUAUGAGUUGUGUACAAGCAAAAACAUUUUUUGGUGUGGUGCAACGCAUCUAUAAAUUAUUUUCAGGUAUGAUCGUAAUUUUUUAACUUCAUUUCAGUAGUUUUUAUUACUUUUAUUUUAUUACUAAUUAACUUUAACAAUACUCUUUUUAUAAUUAAAUAUCUUUGAAUUUAGGUUCAACCAAACGAUGGGAGGUUCUGAAGAUGUACCUUAAAGAUGGUGAUGGAAAUGGUCUCACUCUUAAAUCAUGGUCAGAUACACGUUGGGAAAGUCGUGUUGCUAGUGUUAGAGCUAUAAGGUUUCAAGGGCCGCAGAUACAACAAGCAUUAGAGCACUUGACCAAAUGUAGUAACGAUCCUAGCACUGUGAGUGAUGCAAAGUCCAUAUGUGAGUAUGAAAUGAACUUUGAUUUCCUUGUUGCUAUGGUAAUCUGGUACGAGAUACUCAACAAGGUAAACAAAGUUAGCAAAGUCCUCCAACAGAAAGAUAUGAUCAUCAGUUCAGCCAUUACUCUCUUGAAAGGUCUGAUUGCAUAUUUUAAAGAUUAUAGAGAAGAUGGAUUUGAGAAAGCCAAAGUUGAAGCUGAAAAAUUGGCGAUUGAAUUAAAUAUUCAACCCCAAUUUCGUGAAACACGAGUUCGUACCAAAAAGAGGUUUUUCGAUGAAAAUGCAAUGGACGAACCGAUAAAAUCAGCAGAAAGUGCAUUCAAGUUAACUUACUUCUUGUUUGUUGUUGAUAAUGCUAUAUCUUCACUUACUACUAGAUUUGAGCAGUUUCAAAAAUACGAGAAUACAUUUGGAUUCUUGUAUGACUUAAGUAAGUUGAAGGGACUUAGCGAUGAGCAAUUGAUGAGUUGUUGUGACACGCUUGGCAAUUUCUUGAAGCAUGAGGACAAUUGUGAUAUUGAUGUAGUUGAGCUGUUUUCGGAACUACAGUUGCUUGGAAAAUCUUUACCGGACUGCACAACAAAAGUGAUUGAAGUGUUGGAGUACAUAAAAGAUAUGCAUAUUUCUUUUCCAAAUGCUUGGAUUGCUUACAGGAUUUUGUUGACCAUUCCGGUGACAGUGGCUACUGCAGAAAGAAGCUUUUCAAAGUUGAAGCUUAUAAAAAACUAUCUACGAUCAACCAUGUCGGAAGAUAGAUUAAGUGGCUUAGCUAUUUUAUCGAUUGAAAAAAAAGUAUUAGCUACUCUUGAUUGUAGUGAUGUUAUUACUGAUUUUGCACUUCAAAAGGCAAGAAGAAUAGGCCAAUAGGGUGUUACAUGUACAAGUUUGUGAUGUAUUUUGCAUACAUUUGUACUAUUGCCUUUAAAACUUAUCCUUUUGAAUAUUAAAAAUAUUAUAUCGUACACUUUGAAUAUGUUUCUUUCUAUAUGCUGUUUUUUUUAUUCAAAUACGAUAUGAUUUUGCGACGUAAGUAUUUGUCUGUCUAGCCGUCUAGGGCCUCCAAAAUGCCGUAGCCGCCUCUGCUGCCGACUGCCGUCACUUGGGAGAACGAUGUAAUAUUGAGGUAAUGUGAUUAUCUUGAAUUACUUAGGUAAUAAAUUGAAGUAAGGCAGGGGCGUCUUUAGCAUUUUGGAGGCCCCAGACAAAAAAAAUACUUAAUAUUAACAGACCAUGAAGCUGUUUGGCAACACUGUUUUUCGGCUUAUCAACCAACUUUUCACAAAACACGUAAUUUUUACUUUCGCGCGCUGAAUUGUGUGAUAAACAAAAAAAGUAAGGUGGAGUUACUUUUCUGAUUGUAUUUGCUGAAGUUACUGUAGAUGACCAUUUUAGCUAUUUUGACAUAUGAUUUUUUUCUUUAUUUUAUUAAUAAAAUAUAUUUUAAAAAUAAUGUUUUCUUAAAUCAGCAGAAUCAGCCAAUGCAGCCACUCCAGCCAGAACUUCAUAAAUUUCAACAGAAUAAGCCAAAACAGCCAAUUUUUGUGCUACCAAACGGGCUCGAUAUCAUUGUAAUUUCAUGACAACACCUAAAAUAAAAAACAACCGAGUCAACAAAAAAACCAAAUUUCACAAAUGAAGUCACUAGGGACAAUCUCAUAAAUACACAAAAUACAUAGUUUACUACUUCAAUAUUUUACAAGCUACACUUCAAGUAUUUAUACUCUCAAUAUGUCAAUAUUAAUUAAUGUACCAAUAUAUCAAAUUACUUAAAUUACCAACAAGGAACAACCCCCAAUAUGUCAAUAUUAAGUAUUAUAUUAACUCAAUAAGCGUUAAUCAUUGGUCAUACCUCAGGUCCUUGUUUCUUUUAAGAUGCAAACAGCCGGAGACACGCAUGACCCUCAUUCUAUUUCCUUACAACCCUUGUUAAAAAGGUAAUUAAUGCUUCGUAUAUUCCUUCUCCGCUAACCCUUGUUAAACAAUCAGAAGUUGCACAUAUCCAGAGAAUAAGACUAAUGAGAUAACUAGACUCGGGCAAAGUGAUAAAGAGCAUAAGGCGGUGGGCAAUUCAGAGGUUGUGCCGUUUGCGCUCGCCGGAUGGCGUUGCCGCGUUUGUGCACCAGCGGUUCCUUAUUCCUCUUAGAAUGCUUUGGUUUUUCAGAUGCUACGUAUUAGAAUUUGGGAAUUGGAAGGGAUUCGGACAUUUGGAUUAAUGAUUGUUUUGCGGUCUUGGGAACGGAAUUGCAGAUUGCUCGAUUGCUCUUCCAGUGGAAGUCUUUCAAUUUCUAAAUCUAAUUAUCCAUAAUACUAAUAUUUUUAAUUUUUGAGGCCCCAUUGGGAAGUGAGGCCCAAGGCAAAUGCCUGGGCAAACUGGCCCUAUAUCCGCCCCUGAAGUAAGGUUACUAUUGCAAUGCUCUAUUAUCCUUAAAUCAUGUACAAUGUAUUCUGACAAUUUUUUAUUUUUAAAUAAUUAGUUUUCUAUUUAUAUUGUCUCAACC